UGCAACAAUGUAUUCCUCAUUCCUCUUCGAUUUGUAACGGAGAAGAUUGGAGAAGAUUCAUAUUCCUCUAAGAAGGCCGACCCCAAGGACCUGUAUAUUCCGAGUCGAAAUGGGCACGGGCACACUGUGCCUAAACUGUGCAUCGCUUUUGAGCGACUCAAGAUGAGAUUCGCAGUGGUCAUAGCAAGCCUGCUGACAUUUGCUGUAGCAGCAAAUGCUGGGACAAUUCACAAAGAUCUUGUAAAAGCUGGCCUUCUUCAAGAGAAAAUUUGGAGCUGCCAGUGCGGCUGCGAGUGCCUCGACGAUGACUGCCACAAACCAGACUGCGGCGAAGGGACCUACUUCCCACACCCAGAAGAUUGUGGCAGCUUCUGCCAAUGCUCGAAUGGGAAAGCCUACUACCAUGCCUGUCCAGACGGUCUCAUGUUCAACCCUGCAUUGAAUUGGAGCUGUCAAUGCGGCUGCGAGUGCCUCGACGAUGAAUGCCACAAGCCAGACUGUGGAGAAGGAACCUACUUCCCACACCCCGAAGAUUGUGGCAGCUUCUGCCAAUGCUCGAAUGGGAAGGCUUACUACCAUGCCUGUCCAGACGGUCUCAUAAUGCGAAACCACCACAACCUGCACUCCUCCACCUUGCGAAACUACGACGUGCACACCCCCACCCUGCACGACAACCACGACAUGCACACCCCCACCUUGCACGACUACCACGACCUGCACACCCCCACCCUGCACCACUACCAGCACCUGCCCACCUACUACCACGACCUGCACACCACCACCCUGCACGACUACCAGCACCUGCCCACCUACUACUACCACUUGCACACCCCCACCCUGCACCACUACCAGCACCUGCCCACCUACUACCACGACCUGCACGCCACCACCCUGCACUACUACCACCACUUGCCCACCUACUACCACCACCUGCACUCCACCACCCUGCACUACUACCACUACUUGCACUCCCCCACCAUGCACUACUACCCCCACCUGCACUACCCAGCCACCUUGUUCGACUACAGAGAACCCUUGUCU